UCCAACAACCUACUUCCACCUAAAUCUAUCUGCCAAUAAAUGAAGAACUAGAAACGGACUGCAACCCUUUUUUUGCUGCUGGAAAAUUACCUUGGUAUAUGGACACGUAUGUUUUUGUCCUGUACUUUUAUAUUAAAUACUUCUUCUUGAUCGAGAGAUCAGGUCUGCUUCUGCUUUUCAAGAAGAAUUCUAAUACAAGAGUCAAUCAAAACCAGCUUGACUUCUUUUGUUUCGUUUUCGAAAGAUUUUGAGCUGACUACCUUAACUGCUUGAAGCGAAAAUCUCUGUCAAGAAAAAUACAAAUGGAAGACAACAUUAUGAAUUUAGUUGUGGUUGGAGUCAUUUCAUGGACAACAGCUUUUGUGUUAACAAGGAGGAUGUUCCCAAAGCGCUCGUUUGAUUUCAGCAACCGAGUUGUUUCUACAAUUCAUGCAACUUUAGCUGUAAUAUUAUCGUCUCUCUCCGUUCAAGAUUGGAGCUGCCCAGCUUGCCCUUUGGCUUCAAAAGCUUCCCCAAAGCAGAUGCAAACUCUGGUAGUGAGCCUUUCUUAUAUGAUGUAUGAUUUAGUAUGUAGCUCCUUUGACAAGCGAAUCAGUCUCGACAAUUCGAUCCACCAUCUGGUCAGCAUCGUCGGAUUUGGAGCAGUCCUGGCCUAUGGGAGGGGUGCAUCGGAGGUGGUGGCUGCAUUAUGGGUAAGCGAAAUCUCGAGCCCCUUCCUCCACAUGAGAGAGCUCCUCAAAGAGUUUGGAUACAGGGACACAGACCUUAAUUUGGCAGCCGAUAUUUUGUUUGCAGUGAUAUUUACAUUGGGUAGGAUGGUUGGUGGACCUUAUGUCACCUACACGACUUUGUCUGCUAGCAAUCCGUUUGUCAUAAAGGCAAUGGCAUUGAGCUUGCAGCUGGUUAGUGCCUUCUGGCUCUACAAAAUCAUGAGGAUGGUGAAGUACAAAUUGACCAAGAGGGCAUCUUCAAGUACUGUUGCACCAAAAAAUUGAACUGGGCAGGAAAGUCGAAGUCGUGGCUCUCGAAUCUCGAUCGCCAUGCUAUUGCUCCACGGCCAACCUCAUUGCGGUGAUGUUUAUGUAGUUGACAUUUAGUGACCAAGACAUUUAGUGUAAUUUUGAGUGUUAUUAGACAGAAUAAUAAAAGUCAACCUGCCAAAAGUUGAGGACUCUUGCCGACCUCAUGGGUUGUAGUGCAAGCUUGAA